AUUGGGGUGUUAUUUUUGUGAUCUUGGAUAAAUAUUUUGCCUUUUUGACCUAUAAGUAGUAAAUCUUUUCGUAACAACCCGUGAACAUAACACAGCUACUAGUUGCAAAGUCCUAAACAACUACACAAUACUGGAUAUUUGAAUAGUGGAAGUUGAAUUACGCUUUAUCAUGAAGGGUUUGUUUUGUGCUGUCACUGUGACUGCUUGUUUGUGUAUGGCGAAUUGUCGACUUGUUCAGAACCAAAACUACGUCUCUGCUAAAAGAAAAUUCAAUAUUCCAAAACCAAUCGAUAUGAUAUUCCCUGAAAAGAAAACGAAAGAAAAAAAGCCGACAUCCCGACCAGUUCAAUCWMCACGAUGUCAGCCAUGUCCUUACAAAAAGGGUCCAAAGUCACCAGUAUGUGAAGCCACUGUGGAUAUCGGCUUUGCUGUGGAAUCCUCGACCAGUCUUGGCCACGUGGGUCCCGGUAAUUUGCGUCGUCUGAUACAUUUCGUUGGAUUAAUAGCACGCAAGUUUGAACUGUCAAAGAAACGAGCAAGAGUUGGUCUUGUGACCUAUGCGACGAAACCGUACUUACUUUUUGGCAUGACAGAGCGAGUAGGAAAGAUUGUCCAAGGUUUAAAGAAGGGACUGAGCAAGAAGUACAAGGAUAAAAGCGCCAACACAGGCAAAGCUUUGAAAUUUGCCCAAAAGAUGCUAUUCAAGAAUAGUAGACGAUUUAACAAAGUGCUUGUUGUAAUCACCGAUGGCAAAUCAAAUGACACUUUAACAGAUGCUGYGCGAUCUCUGAAAAAAGAGGGAGUUACGAUUCUCUCUGUUGGAGUUGGUCGUUAUUUUGAUAUUAAGCAACUGAAUGAGAUGUCUUCUCGGCCUGUACAGGAACAUGUCUUUACUGGUGAUUUUACUAAGUUAAUUUACCUUAGAGAUGAAAUUACGAAAGCGAUCUGCCACGGUGUUGGAGGCAUUCUUGUUUCACCCUAUAAACGUCCUUGUCUGUGUAAAACCGGUUGACAAGGGAACCUUACACAUCUUAACGAUAUAUCUAUAAAAUAGUCAACAUUUUGCCAAGAACCAUACCUCUAUUCAUYGCGGAGAAUGGGACAAAGAUACCCUGAGAUAUGAAU